GGUCCCUAACCGAGAGCGCGACUGGUGAGGCGGGGAGGAGAAGGUAGCUUAAGAACGAACCAUGGAUAAACACAAAGUAAAGAGGCAGCGUUUGGACAGGAUCUGUGAGGUAGGAAUUAGACCUCCAAUUUUGAAUGGCCCAAUGCCUGUUCGGCCUUUAGUUGCUUUGCUGGAUGGCAGAGAUUGUACAGUAGAAAUGCCUAUACUAAAGGAUGUUGCUACAGUGGCAUUCUGUGAUGCUCAAUCAACUCAGGAAAUUCAUGAGAAGGUGUUAAGUGAAGCUGUAGGUGCACUGAUGUAUCACACUAUUUCUUUGUCACGUGAGGAUCUAGAAAAAUUCAAGGCCCUUCGUAUUAUCAUAAGAAUUGGAAGUGGUUACGAUAAUAUUGAUAUUAAGUCUGCUGCGGAAUUAGGGAUUGCAGUGUGUAAUGUUCCAUCAUCCUCUGUAGAGGAAACAGCCGACUCAACCCUUUGUCACAUCCUAAACUUAUAUCGACGUGUCACAUGGCUUCACCAAGCUAUGAGAGAGGGGAACCGUGCUGCCAGUGUAGAACAGAUUCGAGAAGUUGCAGGUGGUGCAGCCAGAAUUCGUGGAGAGACGAUGGGCAUUAUUGGGCUUGGUCGCGUCGGGCAAGCAGUGGCACUGCGAGCUAAAGCUUUUGGCUUCACUGUAAUCUUUUAUGACCCCUACCUACCAGAUGGGGUGGAGCGCUCUCUGGGUUUGCAGAGAAUGGGGACUCUUCAAGAGCUGCUAAUGCAUAGUGAUUGCAUAACCCUCCACUGCAGCCUGAACGAGCACAACCAUCAUCUCAUUAAUGACUUCACCAUAAAACAGAUGCGCCAGGGUUGUUUCUUGGUUAACACGGCACGAGGAGGGCUUGUUGAUGAGAAGGCUUUAGCCCAGGCUUUGAAAGAGGGCCGAAUUCGUGGUGCUGCUUUAGAUGUUCAUGAAUCAGAACCUUUCAGCUUUUCUCAGGGACCCCUUAAAGAUGUUCCUAAUUUGAUCUGCACCCCACACACUGCUUGGUAUAGUGAACAUGCGUCAAUAGAGUCAAGAGAAGAGGCAGCUAAAGAGAUUCGGCGUGCUAUUACAGGUCCAAUUCCUGAUGCGUUACGAAACUGUGUAAACAAAGAGUAUUUGCUCGCAGCAGCACAGUGGCCAGGAGUGGAGCCCACUGCUGUUCAUCCAGAGCUGAAUGGGGCAGCAGGAUACAGGUUUCCACCAGGAGUUGUGAGUGUAGCUGCCCCAGGACAUCCAUCUUCAGUAGAAGCUCUUGUGGCCUCUUCACAUCCCUUAAUCCCCUCAGUCUCUCAUACCCCUUCCCCUGGUCAGACCAGCAAACCUGAUCCAGACAGAGAAAUUCCUACUGACCAGUAGCAAUACAGCACUCCCCUUUGCCUCCGUGUUUUUUUUUAUUGUUUUUUUUUCUUUGUUCAACACCACUCCCAUGUUUUGUGUUCAGUCUCCCCUUAAUUUUGAUUUUGGGGAAGAAACUAGAAUUCAGGUUUAUUCAGCAGCUUUACAUUUGUGAAGAAAAAUGAAAUCAGGCUGCAAACCCUAAGGUGUAUCAUCUCUCAUCACAUCAGAAAGGUGAAUGUUUGUAUCAAUGUCUGGAAACAUUUAGAUUUUGCCUUUCAACAGAUGUAUUUUUUAACCAAUUAAGUUUUAAGUGAAAAACAAUACGGGUGGGUUUUCCUUCUGUGUGCUGGGACAAGCUGAUCUUUCCCUGCUUCCACAAGUGCAAGACGUUCCCAGUUGUCUCAGGGAGCUGAGGCAUCACCAAAUUUUAAUAUGUGUGUGUAUAUGUGUGUGUGUGUGUGUGUGUGUGUGUAUACAUAUAUAUAUAUAUAUAUAUACACUUUGUGUCCACAAUAUACUCAAGCACCAUCAGUGCUAGGAAAAGUUAAAAUAGUUAUUGAAAAUUACUGCAGAAUUCCUUACAUAUUUCACAAAAAUAAAUUGGCAGAUUUAACCGUGGGGGGGGGGGGGGGGCUUGUUGUUUUGAAAGUUUAUACUUUUUUUUUUUUUUUUUUUUGCUAGUAUUGGAGAAGAUAAAAUUUCAACUUCUUUAUGGGUGUGGCAUGCCUUUUGGGUCACAAUAAAUCCCGAAAAUACUUAUUUUCUGCAUAAAGGCAUACCUUAACUUUUUUUUGUUGUUGUUGUAAAGAGAGAUUAAGAAAAAAGGGUCAUAGACACUGGAGGAAAGUGAAAUGUAGAGCUUAAAGGGAUAGUCUAGUCAAAAUUAAACUUUUAUGAAUCAAAUAGAGCAUGUGAUUUUAAGCAACUUUCUAAUUUUACUCCUAUUAUCAAUUUUUCUUCGUUCUCUUGGAAUCUUUAUUUGAAAAGCAAAGAAUGUAAGCUUAGGAGCCGGCCCAUUUAUGGUUCAUCACCUGGGUUGCUGAUUGGUGUCUAAAUGUAGUCACCAAUCGGCAAGCACUACCAGGCUUCUGAACCAUAAGUGGGCCAGCUCCUAAGCUUACAUUCCAGCUUUUUCAAAUAAAGAUACCAAGAAAACAAAGAAAAAUAAAUAGGAGUAAAUUAGAGCAUGCAAUUUUAAGCAACUUUCUAUCUGAAUCAUGAAAGUUUUUAAUUUUGACUAGACAAGCCCUUUAAAACAAAUGUGAAAUAUGGGGAUGUUAAAAUGAAUAAUUCUUGCCAUGUUGUUCUUUGUACUAUUGUUAGUGCAAUGUUUUCACCUGUAAUUGCUCUGUCAUUUGAGAUUUGAAGGCUAAUCUGUGAUAACAGGAUAAUCUUUCUUCCUUUAAUAGUAAUUCAUUUGAGAGACCUUUAAUUUGAUCCUUUUUAAAUCCUGUGGAAAUUUUUGUAUAGGAAAUUAUAAAUUGAAAAACGGUUUACAUGAACUUUUAAACCAUAAACUUUCAAACCACAAAAUUAUUGAACUAAGGAAACUGAGUAAGAUUGAAGUUUUAAUAAUUCCACAAUACUUCUAGAUAUAACCACUUAUGGCACAGAUUAAGCUCUUAAAGUGCUAUUUAAAUGGUGGUGAUUCCUAAUUCAUUGUUGCUUUUUUGAGCGUAAACUUUACAAUAUUUUUUAACAUAAUGGAAUUAUAAUUUGUGACAAAGGUUCUUUUACAAAGAGCUGUAGAGGCAUGUUGAUACAAUGCUCUGUGUAGACGUUUAACCAAGCCCACCAGUGUCUUCAUAAUUACAUUUCACACUUGGAAGGCUAUGGGAAAUGUCAUUUGUUUGUGUUACAGCAUGGAAGAUCUUUCUUAUGCUGAAUAUUAAUUGGCUGGGAAGACGGCCUCAUUCAUUAAAUUGGAAUAAUUCAGUUUAACUGUGUGAGAUCAUGAUAAAUCGGGAGAGUGGUUCAUAAAAUUUAUGUACAUAUGUAUAUAUUACAUUUUAUAAGUGGUGUUCAUUUUUCUUUUUUUCAUAACUAUCGCAAAUGUUAUUGCAUACCAUUCAGUUUAUUUAUGUACUUAUUUUUUGCUUCUAUUUGAAACGUUAAGUUAAAGUUUUGAACGUUAAUAUUUGAAGACUGAAAAAAUAUAUUGCUGAAAUAUAGCUUUUUUUUUUUUUUAAUACAAUACUUUGUUAGUUUAUUAUAGUACAUCUGUUAAAAGCCCAGUUAAGGUAAAGUUUAAAAUAUUCUUGUAGUCCAUUAAAAAAAACACAUUUGUGAUUCUCUCCCCCCCCCCCGUUAGGAAAUUAACUGUUCCUCUUUUUCUAUUCAAUUGACAUAAAACAUACAGCAUAUAAAAUCUGGUAGUUUAAUGCUUUUCUUCUAGUGCUAGAACAGCAUUCUACCUAAAAGCCAAAUUCCUGCUUUAUUAAAUAUUGGGUCACUGUCCAGUAAUUAUCUCCCCUUUCUGUGACUUCCGUUGCAGUUUGACGUAUGUCUAUUUUAUGAUGCGGUUUGGUAUCAUCAAAGGGUCAAGAAAACGAAAAAAACUUUUUCCUUUUGAUUCAUAUAGUGUAAAAAUGUGUUUCAAAAAAAGUUCCAUUUUAUUAGUUUACUUUGUUCUUUUGGUAUUCUUUGUUGAAAGGUAGGCAGGUUUAGGAGAGACAGCAGUUUUGCAAGAAUGCUUUUAAGUUAUACAUUUACAAGAGCACUAGAUGGCAGCAGUGUUUACUGAGAUACAAUUCUCCACACGUGUACUCUACCUACCUAGGUAUUCUCUUCAACAAAAAAUACUACAAGAACAAAGUAAAUAGUAAACUAAAUGGAAACUUUUUUUUUUUUUAUUGUACAGGUCAUCUGAAUAAUGACAGAAGCAUUUGGGAUCUCAAAGCUACAUUUCCAACUUCACAAUUUACUUCUAUUAUCUAAUGUUCUUUGUUUUUCUUGUUAUCCUUUGUUGAAAGCAGGAAGGUACGUUCAGGAGUAUGCACGUGUCUGCAGCAGUUUUGCAACAAUGUUCUACAUUAGUAAGAGCACUAGAUGGCAGCACUAUUUCCUGUCAUGUAGUGCUCCAGGUGUGCACUCUACCUAUCUAGAUAUCGCCAAAAAAGAACAAAGCCAAUUUUAUAAUAGAAGUAAAUUGGAAACUUUUUUUAAAUUGUAUUCUUUAUCUGAAUCACAGAAAAAAGAAUUGGGUUUCAUAUCCCUUUAAUGUAGUCUUUAAAGUGACGAGACUGGAACUAGAGCCACGGCUUUUUCUUCAUUUGAGAACCUUAAAAUCCUGUUGCUUCUGAUUUUAAAAUCUUUAUGCUUCUGUAGUCCUUUUUUUUAAAAAACAAAACCGUGCUGUAACCGGGGAAAACUGCAACGUUCCAGAAAUCUAACAUAUAAACAUUGUUUUUAAACUUUAUAGUUUCAUCCACAUUUUCCCAUUAAAUGACUUAUAUAUUAUUGCAUGUUCAUAUUGGUCCUUCAUCUCACUAUUUUAGUUUCAUAGUUUUGUUAUUUCAAUGUUUAACUUAUAAUUAUUUUUCUCCUCGUACAUGGAUUUUAUGCAAAAGACUCAAAAGAGCAUUCCUAGCCCCCUGCUCAUUCAUUUUACAUUUAGCUUAUAGGGAUGUUUUCAUUGGGGAAACUCAGGAACUUUGAAAUACUGCAAAAAAAUAUAUAUAUAUAUAUUUUUUUUUUAAGUAUUUCUUCAUUUGUUUUGUUAAUGUGUUUUGUUUGUUGUAGACCUACACCAGCAAUGUGCGCUAUUCCCCCCCUCCAUAUUUAACUUAGGCAACCUAGGUGCAUAGCUGUUUUGUAAAAUCAAUAUUCACAGUUAGGAUAAAAAAGUGCAUACAUCUGAUUUUGUUAUCACAAAGCUCUGACAAAAAAAAACCAAGAAAAGGUACUAUAGGCUGCAAACGGAAAAGGGACAGGAAAGCUAAAAUGUAACUUUCAUGAUUAAGAUGGAGCAUGGAACUUUAAACUUUCCAGUUUACUUCUAUUCUCUUGGUGACCUUUGUUGAAAAGAAGGCUUAGGAGCAACAAUGUACUAUCUCUGAAUGAUAGUUUAAUUUUUUUCUUAAAGGGACACUGAACCCAAAUUUUUUCUUUCGUGAUUCAGAUAGAGCAGUGUUUUUCAACCAGUGUGCCGUGGCAAACUAGUGUGCCGUGAGAGAUCCUCAGGUGUGCCACGGCAGACUGACAACAGUGUGACAUAUUUUUUAAACUUUGCUUGUUUUUUACUUCCAGUGCAGGGGUAGUUUGUAGGAGGCAUGGCAUAACAGCACAAUACAUUCAUACAUACAGUAUGUGUGUGUUUGUGUGUGUGUGUAUAUAUAUAUGCCGUAUUAGGCUACAAUGUGUGAUUUUUUUUUUUUCAAUUUUGGGAUGGUGGUGUGCCACAGGAUUUUUUAAUGUAAAAAAGUGUGCCACGGCAAAAAAAGGUUAAAAAUCACUGAGAGAGAGCAUUCAAUUUUAAGCAACUUUAUAAUUUACUCCUAUUCAUUUUUCUUUGUUCUCUUGCUAUCUUUAUUUGAAAAAGUCCAGGACCCUGGACAGCACUUGUUUAUUGGUGGAUGAAUUUAUCCACCAAUCAGCAAGAACAACCCAGGUUGUUCACCAAAAAUGGUCCGGCAUCUAAACUUCAUUUUUGCUUUUCAAAUAAAGAUACCAAGAGAAUGAAGAACAUUUGCUAAUAGAAGUACAUUAGAAAGUUUCUUAAAAUUGCAUGUUCUAUCUGAAUCACGAAAGAAAGAUUUGGGUUCAGUGUUCCUUUAACUGUCCCUUUAAAAUUGUUGAAGUAAUAACGUAGUGUGAUCAUUUUUGUUUUACUUGAUAAAAUGAUAAAUUGCUUAUAAAUUAUGCAUACAUUUCCAAACCCCCGCCCCAAAAAAUAGAAUUAAGUUUUUCAGUACAUUUUUUUUUUUUUUUUUUUUUUUUUUUUAAAUUUGGUUUUAGUCUUUUGUAGACCACAUUUAAAUGUUCUUAUCUCUAAAACUGAACGUUGACAUGUCUAAUGUAGGCUUCGUGAAAAUACUCUAAAUUUUGGGGGUGGUUUUUCAGAGAAAUGUUUAAUAAUUGACAUAUCUUGAAUCCAUGUAAUCUGUUUUUGGAGUAUCUAAACUGUCAUCACUGGUGUUUCUUCUGUUUUAUAAUUAAAAUGUUAUUUCGAAAAUAUUUUUUUUUUUAUAAUGCAAUUUAAAGAAUACUUAAAUAGAGUGGCAUAUACUUAUUUUAUUUUUGUAUCUAUUCAUGACAAAGGUUAAAAUAUAGAAGAAGUAUUUUAGUUUUUGGAACUUCAUAAUGGAAAAAAAACCCUCUUCAUUAGUAGAGCAACUACAAGCAUGUUCAGAACUGAACAUUUAAACCCCUCUAUAUAUGCAGAUGUAAUAAUUUGUUACUGGGAUGUCCAGAUGUAUAGGAAGCCAAACACCAAAGUUUUAUUUGAACAGCAGCCCAGCACACAGAAAAAAAAAUAAAAAAUCUCCACAUCCUGUGAAAUAACAUGUAUUUUAUCCACUCUCCUUUAAAAGGAGCCUUAUUUUAUACUGUUCAAAACCAGCUUCACAAAUCAGCUCAGUCCAGGACUUUUAUGCACCUCAGAAUUAAGUACAUAAUGGGUGUUAUUUGUUUAGUGUUUUAGUUCUUAAGAACCAUUUCCUCUGUGCGUUUUUUUUUUUUUUUUUUAAUAUAUGUUAAUUUCAAAGCAAAUGAGCUUGUAUGGGGUGGGGGCCCCUUUAUGAGGUGUGAUCUUUAUUCACUGUUUCCACAUUAAAUAUCUGGCACGUGGCUUCAUUCCUCAUAAAAAGGGGCAGCAAUUAUUCCAAAAAUCCCCUUUUAGCUGGGAUUCCGUUAUUUAAUUUUAAUCUCCCCAUUACUUUCUCCAUCUUUUUUUCAUGUUGCAUUGGAUGUCUAAUGGGUUACCUCCUGCAGGGCCUUUGUUUAUAAUAGUUUGGGUCUCAUCCAGUGUGUUUGUCAUUGGUGGUGUCCCUGAUCUGCAUGGAGAGGAUUUUAAGAGUAUAUUUCCCUGUGCAGUGGCCCACAUCUGCAAUGGGUGAUCUUGUUUUUAACCCUGCAUGGACUGAGAAGUGACCAUGUGUACUAAAGGUGCAGUGUUGUGCGGUCAAUCUUGUGUUGGUUUGUUACAGGUUAUGCACAGCUGAUCAGCUUUUUAUAAAUUACUCGGAGUGUCAGAAAUAUAUUUUUGUAGACAAUGAACAAUAUGCCUUUUCAGCUGGAUAGCUAAAACUGUGAAUCAUUGAAAAGCUGUCUGUAAACAAGUGUUUUUUUUUUUUCCUUUUUUUCUGUUUUUUUUUUUUUUUUUAUUUGACUGCAGAAACUUUAAUUUUUCACUUGUAGUAUUUAGAAAAUGAUUUAUUAGAGGCUAGUUUUCUGUCUCCUAAUCAUUUCUCUAAUAUUUUAAUAAAAUCCUACAACCAAA